AGUAGUAACUAAAAUAAUCGUUAGUCGCAGUAAUAAUUCUGACACUUCAGGCUUUCCGUAGAAACAGGUGGCCAGGUGAGUGCGGUCACAGCUACUGAUGACGUUCAUUUAAAGUCACAUGAUCAAUGCGAUCAGCUUGUGUAUUGAUCAGUGUUAAGCGGCCUGUAGUGUGUGUGUGUGUGCGUGUAGGUGUGUGUGUGUGGGGGGGCGGUGGAGGGGCUGGGGAGCUGAGCCGGUCAGUGCCCUCCCCCUCCCCCCCGUUCUCUCCUCUGAUUGGCUGCCUCUCUCCUCUCGCGCAGCAGGCGCUGCUCCUCUUCAGAUCCAGGUUGAACCCGCGCGCAUCCAGGAGUCAUAUCGGACCCGGACCAGAACCUACAAGGAUCCCGACCGGAACAGACCCGAACUGGACUCUCCUCUGUCUCUCUUCCAGCUCGGUUCGGUCGAACCCUUCCCGGUUUGGUUCGGAUCUUCUUCCUCCUCCUCCUCUUUUUUUCUCGCUCUUUUGCGCAUCUUGGAUCUCGUUCUGUCCUGGUUCCGACCGGCAUGUGCGGAGAACCGAACCGGACCAGAGCGCACCAUACAGGGCUGUGAACGCAGGACCACGGCGUGCCGUUGCGCGCGCCCCCGGCCGUGCGCGUGAAUGAAGAGAUGGAGCGAAAAGUCCUGAGUCAGGUGAUCUGCGUGUGUUUCCUGCUGAGUGGACAAGUUUCCUCGUUAGAACUGACCUGUGAGACGUUGAUCCUGCUGUCCACCAACCUGACAGCGAGGAUGUUGGUGCUGCUCAACCAAACGUUCACCAUCAGCAACUCCUCAGGUGUGUACUGUGACCUGUCGGUGGACGGCAUCGGGACCUGCUGGCCUCGCAGCGCAGCUGGAGAGCUGAUCUCCCGACCCUGUCCAGAGCAGUUCAAUGGCAUCCACUACAACACCACCAACCGGGUCUACAGAGAGUGCCAGUCCAACGGAACCUGGGCGCCUCGAGGAAACUACAGUCAGUGCACCGAGAUCAUCGUCCUGAGGAAGAGUAAAGUUCACUAUCAUGUGGCCGUGAUCAUCAACUACCUGGGUCACUGCAUCUCUCUGGGGGCUCUGCUGCUCGCCUUCAUGCUCUUCAUGAGACUCAGGAGCAUCCGCUGUCUGAGGAACAUCAUUCACUGGAAUCUGAUCUCAGCCUUCAUCCUGAGGAACGCCACUUGGUUCAUCGUCCAGUUAACCAUGAACCCAUCGGUUACCGAGAGCAACCAGGCGUGGUGCAGGUUGGUGACUGCAGCCUACAACUACUUCCAUGUGACCAACUUCUUCUGGAUGUUUGGGGAAGGAUGUUACCUGCACACUGCCGUGGUGCUCACCUACUCCACCGACAAACUCAGGAAGUGGAUGUUCAUCUGCAUCGGCUGGGGUAUUCCGUUUCCCAUCAUCGUGGCGUGGGCUUUUGGGAAGCUGUACUACGACAACGAGAAGUGCUGGUUUGGCAAGAAGACAGGUGUUUAUACGGACUACAUCUACCAAGGUCCUAUGAUCCUGGUCCUGCUGAUUAACUUCGUCUUCCUGUUUAACAUCGUUCGGAUUCUGAUGACCAAACUGAGGGCGUCGACCACCUCAGAGACCAUCCAAUACAGGAAGGCGGUGAAGGCCACACUGGUGCUGCUGCCUCUGCUGGGAAUCACCUACAUGCUUUUCUUUGUGAAUCCAGGAGGAGAAGACGAAGUGGCUCAGAUCGUCUUCAUUUACUUUAACUCUAUCCUGGAGUCUUUCCAGGGCUUCUUCGUCUCCGUCUUCUACUGUUUCCUCAACAGUGAGGUGCGCUCCACAGUGAAGAAGCGUUGGAUACGUUGGCACGAUCGUCACUCCAUCCGCAGCCGGACGAUCCGCGCCACGUCGCUGCCCACGUCGCCCAGCAGGGUAUCCUUCCACAGCAUCAAACAGUCCUCCAACCUCUGACACGCCGCCUCGUCCAAUCACAGCCUCUGAUGUGACCCGUCACCAAUCAGUCACCUGGAUUGGACCAAUCACAGCGCAGGACACGCGUCUGAAAGGCCAAUCAGAAGGCCAAUCAGAAGGAAAACUGUCAGUCCGGACUCUGAUUGGCUAACAAGCUGACCAAUCGUUGGACUCGAUGACUCAGCUGCUUUUAACGGGUCACAUGACGCACCAGGCAGCUAUGUUCAUGUAUUUAUUGAUCAGGUGUGUGUAUAAUAGUAAUCACCAGCUUUUUCUCCUGCGGGCCAGCAGGGGGUGCUGCUGAACAUGUGAAGCCUGGUUCUUUGGUUUAUGUCGCUGUUGAGGAUCAUGCUGAGCUUGGUUCUGUUCUGCCACAUCAAAGCACAAACUUCUAAAGGUUUUGUUAGGUUCUGAUGGUCGGGAAUCAUUCUGGGGGUCAAACAUGUUUCCAACCUUGAUAUUCAUAAACAAGGAGAUGUUCCACAUUUGAAUCUUACCUGAAAUCAUUGUGGCUAAAACUAACUGAACAUCUGGAACAGGGGUGUCCAAACAUUUCGUCACAUGGGCCAAAAUCGUCAGCUCAAAAAUACUCAAAUAUCAUUUUUAAAAACUAAAAUCACCAAAAAAAACUUUCCGUUUUUUUAGCUACUAAACCAUAACUUACCAUCGGCUAUUUUAAUUUAACAAUCAUAUUUUUGUUUUUGUAAUGGGAAUAGGAUUGUAGAUCCAAAAUUUAUUAUUCUGGACUUGAAUGAAAAAAAAACUGGAAAAAUAAUUCAUCUUUUGUCAGCAAUAAAACAGGAUAAUUUUUUUAAACACUUGUGUUUUUAGCCACGUUUAAUACAGCAAUUAAAACCAGGCUUGGUGUACGUUAGAUUGCAAGUCAAUGAGCAGAUGUUGUCUUAGUUACCAUGACAACAAAGCAUGGGAAAAAAUGUGUUGCAUCUAGCAUUUAUUUUGUAAGUAGAUUUUAAUUAAAAAAUUUUAUUUAUCUAAUUUAUUCUUUCUAUCAUUAUAUAUUUGUAUUUCAUUCACUUUACAGUUUAAAAUGGACAUAUUUUAACACACAUAUAAGUCUUCAAUGGAAAGGAGUAAUUUGAAGAAAAAAUAAAAAUAAAAAAUCGUGACCAGGCGGGCCGCACAAAUUCAGUCCAGGGGACACAAAUGGCCCCCGGUCCCUACUUUGAACACCCUUGACCUAGAAUCAUGUCUUCUCCUCCUCCUCUUCACCGCUCUGUUUCCUGCUGAUAAAAUCCAGCUCUUCAUUGUUUCCUGUCGCCGUCCAGGCGCUGAGGAGCUCUGGGGAUAAGGUCAGCGGCUGUCGGACCUGUGAACCCGGUGGGCCAUGGCUAACACGGGCGUUCCGUUUGAUUUAUCUCCAUGAACCUGAAUGAUCCGCUGGAACCAGGAAAUGGAGGCUCAGCACCGCACCUCCAAGCGGGAGGCUCAAGGCCAAAAGUUUAGUCCAGAACCAGAACUGACCCAACAGUCAGUUUUACAGAUUCAGAUUCCCUCUCAGGUUUUGUAUCUACUUGUCUUAUUUGUCCUGCAGGAUGUGAUGUCACUGCACUUCCUGUGUUCCCAAAUCUUCAUCCAGAGAUUAAUAUUCUGGUACCAAUAAUCCUUCAUCACACUGUGGAAUGCACUAUUAUUAUUAUUGCAGUGUUACUACACCCAUAACAGUAAUAGUACAGUAUUACGAUUGUAACGUUGCAGCAUUACUUCAGUGUCCGCAGUUAUUAUAGUAAUUUUCAGUUUUACAGUGCUACCAUGAGUUGAAUUUUUUUGAUCGUUUUUGCACUUUGUUCAACUUGUCAGAUUUGUUUUCCUUGCAGUAAUAUUGACAUUACAGUGAUACUACUGAGGUAUUAUAGAGAUAUGAGUGUUAUUUUGUUAAUAAUGUGUAAUUACAGCGAUAUUACUUUAUUAUUACAGUAAUAUUACUUUAUUAUUACAGUAAUAUUGCUGUUAUAUUCUGUAUUUUGAUGUAACCACCCAGCUCUUUACACGAUUACAUGGCCAUCGUAGUUUUUGCACUUUGUUCAUCAACUCUGUUUACAUCCCGUUUUGUUCUGAUAAACUGUAUGAUAUUUUUGCACGUCUGGGCUCAGUUGAGUCAAUUAGUCGAUAAACUAACCAGACCCAGUUCUGGUCGGUCCUGAGAAAACUGGUAGUAACCAUAGUAACCUUAGUCAGUAGGUGUCUAGAAAAAAAAACUCAGGAUGAAAACUGCUUCUCUUCCUCCUUUUUUCUGAACUCUGUUCCUGUGCCUAAAAAUGUGAGUGAUUAUCAAGCUAAUGACUGAUUGAUUGAUUGAUUGAUUGAUUGAUUGAUUGAUUGAUUGAAAGCUGCUGCAAUUACUGUAUAAAUUUUAUGUUGUUCAUGUCAGAUUAAACUCCUUCUAAUGAUA